AAGCAAGCACAAGAAUAUGACCAUGACGAUCAAAGCAAAGAAACCAUAUGUCAUUACAACCUUAUAUUUAAUGCUACAUAGCCGUCUGAAAAUGACUCUUAUUAUUAUUACUACACUUUGUCCUUUUUUUUCUUUCUAUACUCUUCUUGUACAUAUUAUCAUCAUAAAAAAUAUUCAACCUUAUGUUUCACCCUUGUGCUUCAAGACUUCAAAGUCAAUAACAAGUUUCAAGAACAAGAGAAGAAAAAAAUAAGAAGAAGAAAGUGGAGUGUUUUUUUCUUCUUCUUUGAUAUUUCAAAGUUCAACUAUGCUUGGUCUUGGAUGAAAGAAAGUGUCUGAAAAUUUCUUAGCUUCAGAGUUUCUUUGCAGUUUUCAUGAAGAAUAAGGAAAACAUGGAAAAGAGAGAAUUUUCUGAAUUGGUGUCAACAAUGAAUUUUUUGGCUGAUGAAGUUGUUUCGUUUGGUAAGAAAACUGAAAUUGAGGUAGAUGCUUUUUCUGAGUUUUCCAUGUUGGUUGAGAAAUUGCCACCGAUCUUGAAUGAAUUGAGUGAUAACAGCGUUGUAUUGGACAAGCCAUCAAUUCGAAAAUCGUUGGAAUCUCUUGAGAAUGAGCUACGGCGUGCUAAAGCUUUAACAAAAAGCUCGAAUUUGAGACACCCUAUUAAGCAAAUCGAGGACAUGACACAUGAUAUUGGCCGGUCGUUGGGAGUUUUGCUUGUUGCAAGCCUUGAAGUAUCUAUUGAUUUUAGAGAAAAGAUUGGUACAUUGCAAAGACAGAUGAUGAAUGCAAGAUUUGACGGCAGUUCAAGUAUGACUUCAAGUCCGAAAUCAGAAUUUUUCAUGAGUGAAACGAGGAUGGUUGGUGAAAUAGAAGAGGAAAUCGUUCAUGUUUCUAUUGAUGAUGUGAUUUUGCAACUUAAGAAUGGUAAUGAUGAAGAAUUUGCAGUUUCACUUAUGAGACUAAAGGAGUACAUGAGAAGCGGAAAAUUGGAUGGUGGUUUGAUUAACGAGGAAGCAACCAUCGCCUUUCUUUUCAAGCGUUUAGUUUCAUGUAAGGCAGACAAUAGACUAUCCAUAAUUCAAUUGCUAAGAAGUAUUGCUUUUGGAAAUGAUGAGAAAAAGGAGAAGAUGGUUGAGGUUGAGUUUUUGUCAGCAGUGGUGAAGUCUCUUACAAGGGAUUCAGAAGAGAGGAGGGAAGCAGUGGGACUGUUGCUAGACCUCUCUAAUCUUCAAUCAGUUCGUAGGCGGAUCGGAAGAAUACAAGGGUGUAUCGUUAUGUUGGUCGCCAUCCUUAAUGGUGAUGACCCAGUUGCUUCACACGAUGCAGCAAAGUUAUUGGAUAUUUUGUCGAGUAAUAAUCAAAAUGCACUUCAUAUGGCCGAGGCUGGUUACUUUAGGCCACUAGUUCAGUAUUUGAAGGAAGGGUCUGACAUGAACAAGAUCCUAAUGGCAACAUCACUUUCUAGGUUGGAACUCACUGAUCACAGCAAACUUACCCUUGGAGAAGAUGGAGCGAUCGAGCCCCUUGUGAAAAUGUUUAUUACCGGGAAACUUGAAUCCAAGUUAUCAUCUUUAAACGCACUACAAAAUCUGUCUAGCUUGACUGAAAAUGUGCAACGUUUGAUUCGAUCAGGAAUUACAGGAUCUUUGCUACAACUUCUUUUCUCUGUUACAUCUGUGCUCAUGACACUAAGGGAACCUGCAUCCGCUAUUCUUGCACGAAUUGCUCAGUCGGAAUCCAUACUCGUCAACGAAGAUGUUGCGCAACAGAUGCUUUCGCUUUUGAAUCUUUCAAGCCCUAUAAUUCAAGGUCAUCUAUUAGAAGCUCUAAAUAGCAUGUCUUCUCAUCUUGGUGCAUCCAAAGUGAGAAGAAAAAUGAAAGAAAAAGGUGCACUUCAACUACUCUUACCUUUUCUUAAGGAAAAUAACAUCAAAAUCAGGUGUAAGGUCUUGAAUUUGCUAUACACACUCUCUAAAGAUAUGACCGAUGAGUUGACCGAAUAUCUUGAUGAAAGUCAUAUUUUCAACAUUGUUAAUAUCGUCUCGUCAUCCACAUCAGAUAGUGAAAAAGCGGCUGCGGUUGGCAUACUGAGUAAUCUUCCCGCUAGCGAUAAAAAAGUAACCGAUAUACUCAAGAGGGCAAGUUUGCUCCAGCUUUUGAUAUCUAUUUUGUAUUCCAGCAAUGCUAGUAAAUCGCCAUCAACAAACAACUUAAUCGAGAAUGCUACCGGUGUUAUAAACCGCUUCACGAAUUCAUCUGACAAGAAACUACAACUUGUUUCAGUACAACACGGGGUGAUUCCUUUGCUUGUAAAAUUGCUCUCAACAAGUUCACCAAUCACAAAAUCAAGGGCUGCAAACUCUUUAGCACAGCUAUCUCAAAAUUCACUUUCUCUUAGGAAAUGUAGAAAGUCAAGAUGGUUAUGUGUUCAACCUUCAACAAACGCAUAUUGUGAAGUUCAUGAUGGAUAUUGCUUUGUCAAUAGCACAUUUUGUUUAGUCAAAGCUGGUGCGGUUUCUCAACUUAUCGAAAUGUUGGAAGAUAAAGAGAAGGAAGCAGUUGAAGCUUCUCUUGUUGCACUUUCAACUCUCUUGCAAGAUGAAAUUUGGGAAAAUGGUGUGAAUUUCAUUGCGAAAUUAUCAGGUGUGCAAGCUAUUAUAAAAAGUCUAGAAGUUGGUGAUGCAAAGGUUCAAGAAAAAGCAUUAUGGAUGUUGGAGAAAAUAUUUAAGGUUGAAGAACAUAGAGUGAAAUAUGGAGAAUCUGCUCAAGUGGUUCUUAUUGAUUUGGCACAAAAAAGUGAUUCAAGAUUGAAAUCAACAGUUGCAAAAGUAUUAGCAGAGUUAGAGCUUCUACAAGCUCAAUCAAGUUAUUUUUGAAACAAGCCUUUCUCUCUGAGAAUUUAUAUUAUGGCAGUGAUUUUUGUUUUGCAUUACAUUCAUUUACGUGCAUGUUUGGAUUGACAGUUAGUUUGGCGGAAUCACAGUGAACGGUCAUAAUUUUGGUAAAAGUUACACUUCGAAGCUUCAACAAAAUCAUAGCGACAUUGUGAUUUUAUCAAACUCAUAUGAUUCUAAGCAUGCACUUCAUUUUUUUGGUGUACAUGCUUCCUGUUUGUAAUUGAUCUUGUUUUGCCUGAAACACAUAAAGCCAUUCUAAAAUAUGUAAUAAAUAAUUUAGUACAAAGGAAGGUUGUAAAGAAAAAAUCAGGUUGACUAUAUUUAUAAUAAUACUUGCUAUUGGAUCA